CGAGCCGCCUAUUGAAAUGUGUCAAAAUCAGCUGUCUGAAACUGAUCCGUCGAUUCUCCUGUUCAGAUCGAAAUCAAGCAUUUUAAUUACAGUGUUCACUGCCUGAUUUGCUACCAAACUCAAUGCCUUGAAUGGUGCGUGCAACUUCAUUCUUAAAGCGGCUUUUCUCUUACGAGUCUAAAAGGUAUCUCGCUUCUGUGCUAAAUUCUACUUCAAUCGUGACAUAGAAUUCCACUAAAAAAAAAUGGCAACAAGAACUCUUACAGAAAUUUUCAUCCUAAUGCGUAACAACGCUAUCCAAAGUCGCAACUUUUAUUCUGAACAAAUUUCAGAUACAGAUGCUUUAGUGCAGCAGGAACUAGAUGCACGGGGGAAGAGUCAUACCACUCAUGUGCGAAUGCCCCCUGAUUGGACAGACAGCCUAGAAGAAGCUCAAUAUACCUUGACAAAAAUUCAAACACGCUUGAAAGAACUGAGUUCUCUUCAAAACAAACAUCUCUUGAAACCAACUUUUGAUGACUCCAUGAAUGAAGAAAAACAAAUUGAUGCCCUUACCCAGGAUAUAACCAAAAUGUUCACCACUUGCCAUAAUUGUAUAAAACGGAUUCAGUACAACAAUACUAGCCCCAGUCUUGGGCAGGCUGAAACCAAUCUUGCAAAAAAUGUGGUAACAUCUCUAGUGACUACACUACAAAACCUUUCAAACACGUUCAGAAGUGACCAGAAUACAUACCUGAACAAGAUAAAGUCACGUGAGGAACGCUCUCAACAGUUCUUUGGAGGAGCAUCUAAGGAUUGGAAUUACGACGAUUGGACCACCACCAGUCAGACUGAGACUCCAAGGGUUAUGAGCCAGCAACAAUUGCUCUUAAACGAAGAAAACUCGUCUUUCGUUGAACAGCGCGAAAAGGAAAUCCAGAAUGUUGUUCGAUCGAUAUAUGAACUGAACUCUAUAUUCAAAGAAAUCUCUCACAUGGUGGCCGAUCAAGGCACUGUCCUGGAUAGGAUAGACUAUAAUAUUGAACACACACAGGCAAAAGUUCACGAUGGAUUGGUUCAUUUACAAAAGGCCGAUAAUUACCAAAAGAAAAACCGGAAGAUGGUAUGCAUCGUCGCUCUAGUUUCAGCCAUUAUCGUUCUAAUCAUUAUUUUAAUCGCCGUUAAAUCUUGAGUAAAUAGUAUAUUUAAGUUGAGUUCAUCGUUUGUUUUCCAAAUAUGUAUUGAACUGCUGGAAAUGUACUUGUGUUAAAUGCAUAUAUGUUUAUAAGUU